AAUGUGACUGGAAGUUGGAGCGAUGUACACGAAGCCAAGCGUGUAGCUGUGAUGGCGUCACUAGUGCCGGAUGAAAUAAUUUAUAAGCAUUCGGACUAUUCUGUCAGGUGUUACGAAACAGCCCUUAUGUUUAUAGAUGUCUCUGGUUUUACUGAUCUUUGCGAAACUUACACAAAAGCUGGUCAGGGUGGUCCAUCUCGUCUUACGCAAGUUCUUAACUUAUAUAUCGGGGCUAUGGUCCAAGAAAUACUCACACAUAAAGGAGACGUUCUUAAAUUCUCUGGAGAUGCAUUUCUUUGCAUGUGGAAAAAGUCUCCCAAGCUGAAUAUGCAAGAUGUCGUCCAUACCGCGAUUGACUGUGGAUUAUUGAUUCAAAAAAAUUACGGACGGUAUAUAACUGAUGUUGGCGUGGUUCUAAAAGUCAAAAUCGCGAUCUCCGCUGGUCUAUCCCAUUUCUCAAUCAUCGGUGGGCAUGAGCAGUGUCAAUCCCACUACGUGAUCGUGGGCCAACCGGUCUGGGAUGUAAAGAUGGCGGAAUACAUGAGUACCGCGGGAGAUGUCCUCACCUCCGCUAGUGCUUGGAUGUAUGUGAACGAAUCGGAAUAUUGCACCCAACCUUGUGGUGAUGGGAGACACACUAAGGUUUUGGGUGUUGGUGCCACGUGGAAACGAGUACAAAAGUUGCAUUCGUCUGUUAGUGUGCAUCCUGAUCCCGAGUUACUCAUGCCACCUUAUUUGGACUGUCCCCAAAUGGAGGGAAAUUCUUUAACCGGAAUUAACUACAGAGAGUUCUCACUGAGACCAGCUCUAAUAACAGCAAUGCGAAGUGAUUGGUGGUCAGCGCUACGUCGCUACAUGGUCCCACCAAUAAUAAGGGCUGUAGACAACGACGAGCCCAUGGAUUUCCUCACAGAGAUACGACACGUAGUCGUGGUCUUCUUGAAUAUCAUUACGAGAAGUGUCACUGAGGACGUGCUUAUUGAAGUCGUUGACAAUGCUUACAAAAUUGUCUGCUGCGUUACAGCCAAAACCGGUGGUCUAGUAAACAAAGUGUCGAUGUUUGAUAAGGACAUGAUGUUUUUAAUGGUGUUCGGGUUGAGAGGUCUAAAGCACGAAGACGAAGCACAAAACGCGCUUCUUUGCGCCAACAAACUGAAGGAACAUCUUAAUGAUGUCAAUAUUACUACUGUCAGCAUUGGAGUUACCUCGGGUUCUACGUAUUGUGGUGUUGUGGGGCACGUGUUACGUCGAGAAUAUACAGUUAUUGGUUCCGCAGUCAAUAAGGCAGCAAGAUUGAUGAUGGCAUAUCCCAAUAAAGUGACAUGUGAUAAAGAAACUUUUCUGCGGAGUAAACUCGAUCAAAACUUCUUUAAAUUGAUGGAGGCGAAAAUUUUAAAGGGAUUUUCCAACCCUGGGCCUAUUUAUGAAUUUAAUCGAACUAGUGCUAAAAGGAUAAGUUAUUCCCAUCCGAUUCUGGGGCGCGAAGAAGAACUUCAAGUAUAUCAAACAACCCUUAUGUCGGCUAUCGAGCAAUAUUCGAGGAAAUUUACUAGAUACAGGGAUCAUAAGUUUGGAGUAGCUAUUAUAGGAUCGAGAUUAUCCGGCAAAACCCGGUUAAUGGUCGAAUGUAUUAACAUCACACCAAAAUUUAUUGAAGUGGAUCAUAUUAUAUUAACAGAGAAGGAUAGUAGGGAACCAUUUAAAGUAAUCAGAUUAAUCAUGGGCAGGCUGUUCAAAGGCAUAGGGCAUUCUUCCCGCGAGAAUCGCGAAAGCAGAAUUCGAUACACAGUCGAUAUGACCUCACUCACACCGUUGGAAAUAUUCGCAGUAAAUACUGUAUUCGACUGCCGUUUUCCACUUCCGGAGCAUUUUGAGUAUCAUGGCGACAUCCUACAGGAAUAUCAAGUGAAAGUUCUUAUGCAAAAUAUUUUUGAAUCUAGUUUUAAAGAGUUUCGAGUGAUUGCUAUCGGAGAGGCUCAACGCAUUGAUGAGGAUUCUUGGAAAUUGAUUAUUUUAAUGCUGCAAAAUAAAAUAAUUUUCCUUCUCCUAACUUUAACUGACGAAGACAGCCUUUCACCGUUUAGCAGCGAUUCCCUAUCUAAUCAUAUGAUUGUGAAAGUGCAUAUAGCGGGCAUUGACCGACGUUAUCUGUCCGCACUCGCUUGUCAAUUGUUGGAUGUUCAGGCUGUACCUUCGGAAUUGGAUAAGGUUAUCGAGAGCGCGAGUGACGGUUUACCGGGAUGGAUUCAAAACUUCCUAAUAUGCCUAGUGCAGAGGGAACAAUUAACAAUGGUGACUGUGCCUAGGUCACAGGCUUUGGAUAUUGGAGCACUUAUACCACCCUCUACUCUUUUAAAAAAGUCUGAAAAUAAACAGAGUAUCAUGUCGGAAAGCUUUGGUAAAUUUUAUAAAAAGAGCGAUGUCAGCAUAGCAGAUGAACAUCAGAACGAUAUAAUCCAAAUGGCAGUUUUGUCCAAAUAUUACAACUUCGAAGAUGUAAAGGUUGACAUGAAGAUGGAUGUGUUAAUAUUGAAAACAUACGAUUCAUUGACACCCUUUGAGAAAAUGCUCCUGAAAUGUGGUUCCGUUCUCGGCGAUGUAUUUUCCAGGAGAAUGCUAAACCAUCUCAUGCAGUGCGAUUCUCAGAGAAAAAUCGCUCAGGCUGUUGCAAAGUUAUUUUCGAUAAGGGUGUUAGAAUGUGAAGGGGGCGACUUUACCCGUGACUAUUCAAGAGUGCUGGUCCACCCCGCGCCGGUACGGAAAGAUGCUUCGUUGCCUUUUUGCUUCUGUAUGGGGAUUAAACAGCUACCGAAUUGUGGGGACUUGCCUAAGUUCGCAUUCUGUGGUUAUAUGAAAUUCAGGCAUACGCUCUUCCGAACUACCACGUACGACUUACUAACAGAGAGUCAAAAGGGCGAAAUGCAUACACGGGCGCUCUUAUAUCUAGAAAGGUACACAAGGAAAUGUGUCUCGUGUGGUGCUGGUUGUUUUUCUCAGCUCUUUGGUCUGAGGUGUGAUGACGGAUUAAGGAAAGAGACCGAUGAACUGAAACUUACCCAUGAACAAAUUCGUACAAUGAAUGCUGAAACAAAAAUAUCCGAGGGGAAUAUUUAUGCCGCUCUUGAAAAUAUUACAGAUAUUGGUUCAUGUAGUCGUCGGAAUUCAGACAAGCUUACAGAUUCUGAAGCUGAUUUAAGGCGCGUCAGUCGAUCGAUGCAACACAAGAAAGAUAAAAAAAUCCCAUCAUUCUCAUCGGUCGAUUUGAAUUCUUGUGAAUGUAUGCCUAUAUUAUUGGCAGCGUAUUCUCAAGCGAUUGGCCAUUGCCACUGGGCAGGCGACCAUGAGAAACUAUUCGACACGUUUUUGGAGUAUGCCGAUUUAAGUAUUUUGAACAAUAACACGCCCCGAGCCAUUCACCUUCUCGCAGAAGUGGAAACUAUGCUUAUAAAGGAUCGUAAUUUAAAAGCAACUUGCGCUAAAUGGAUAUACGACUCGAAGUUAGCCAGGAUUUACUCGCUUCGAGGCGCUUGCCUACUAGAGUGCGGUGAUGUGAAGCAAGCCAGAGAGAAUUUGUUUGACGCUAUGAAACUGUUCAGCGACCCUUUUCCUGUAUCACAAAAUUCUAUCAAAUUGCAAAACUGUAAGAAGACUUUUAGUCAAUUAAUGGCGUUGUAUUUUGCACCACGAAUGUACAUUGCUACUGAGAGCGGGCUUGUGGGAGACUUUUAUGACAAGAUUGCUCUCACUCUGAAUAGGCUUUUUAAGCUUUUUACGGUGUGUAAAGAAAUGUCAAACGCAGCUUUAGCAGCUAAAUGGUCGUUAAACUAUGCACUGAAAACUGACUCCAAUUUUCGACUUAUGUGCAUGAGCUAUGGAAACAUGAUCAGUGUAUAUCGACAAAUGAAAAAGUUUCGAUUAUGUCGGCGAUUAGAAACAAAAGCGCGGGAGUUGUGCCAACGGAAACGUGGCCGCGUGGACAUCAUGGAAGUAUAUGCGGUUGGACAUCUUUACACAAAUAUAUUUUUGUACAAUGUACAACGUGGAAAUAAGCUAGUCAGUCUUGAAUUCGGUCUCUCCGUGUUGCGGAUUAUGACAAGUUUAUCAGACGUGCGCACUCGGGAGUCGCUCAUUUUCUGGCUCCUUGAGCUUUUACUCACUGAACUGCGCAUACAGCAAAUGGUCUCGAUAAUGAAGGAGUUCGUUUAUUUAAACGAGCACUAUGAUGUGAGCUCGGAAGCUUGGUAUUACUACCACGCCAUGGCCAUAUACCUGGAUACCGGGUACUGUGUAGAGUCAUAUAAUGCCUGUGAAACAUUCUUUAUGGAGAAAGGGGAGAUGUUCCUCCGAUCCAAGACUCCGGAGGCUGCAUGGAACUUCUUUGCUUGCAUGUGGCUUUUUACAAUCAGAGUCGGGUUGUGGGAAAAAAGCAUUAUGUGGAACGAAAAAAUUGAACAAAUCCAACACCUUGAAAACGUUAAUCACGAAUAUUAUACCUCACUUAUGUUAAGACUUGUAGAAGGUUAUUUAAUCGAUUUAGUAAGAGAGUUAAAUAACAGGAAUAUAAAAAAUAUAAUAAACAUAGCAAAGACAUUGAGAACUUUGUUCGCCGAGUUGGAUGUGGCCAGUAAACAUAGUCCUAUUUUUCGUUCAAGGUAUUACUUAUUCAGUGCCUACUAUCACUACAUAAAGCGAAAUAAACAACGCGCAUUUGGUAUUUUAAACAAAGCGACGCAAUGCGCAAAGAAAUAUUCGGAUAAAUUAAUGAUUAUAUGGAUCGAACAUAAUAGGCUUUAUUGGAAGCGUUUGUUAAAUCCGAGACUUGAAAAUUAUUGGGCUGAACAUGUUGAGUCUGAUACUAUCUUGAACUACAAAUCUUUUGACACAGAAAUGGGCAGAAAAAUUAUUCCAUAUACAUUGCCAUUGCCAAAAAUAUUUUAG